AUGUCUUUCCUUCAUGGUGUUUUACAUAGCAUUAAGCCUAAAUUAGGAUUACAUAGUAAUGAAAUUCAAAGUGCAAUUACGUCUCUUAACACCCAUAAACACUCUGGUAAAGAGGGUUUUAAUAAGGCGAUUAGCGCAGUGGUCCAGGGGGUGAACAAGUAUAAUGAGGGUGUGAAGGCGUCGAACAAGAAUAUUACAAGUCAAGUGGAAGAAUUGUACAAGUACGUCAAUAAAGAUGGUAAGUUAAUUACACAGAUUAAUGCUUUGCAGGACCCGGAGAAUUCUCCUCACUUCGAGUCGGCAGUGUUCACUGCCGAGGAUUUGGUUAAGCAGUGUGCUGCCAAAUCUGAUCACUUUGAUAGAGAACUUAAUAAAGCAACUAAGGACAUUAAUGAUCUUAAUUUAGAUUGCAAAACAAAUGUAACUCACGCACAAAAUAAUGUUAAGCAUGAGACAAAGCGGCUGGAGGAGGCGUCCGCCAAGGAGCUUCAGGACCUGAAGGCGACGGAAGAGAAGAUCAAGUCGACGCUUGACGGUGCCAGAGAUUGUGUGAAUAAAAAAAUUAGAAAAGAUGUAGAAGAGCUUGUGAAAACUUUUAGAGUUAAGGUGCAGAAGAUUUUGGAGCAGUUGAGGAAGAUUAGUCAGCAACUUGGGAACUACGUUGACGCUUUGGUAAAGUGGAUGGAUGAAGCAGCGCGAUUCAUCAACGACGCGGUGAAGAAGAUUGAAGAAAUUUUGCUGGAAGUUAAUGAAGGAAAUUCAAGUAUGAAGCCGUACAAAAUUAAGCAGGACAUCCAGGAAAUUGAGACAGCAAUUUUGAUGCUACUCGGCGCGGGAGAGGAAGCUAAAAAGCAAGUCGCCGAUAAAGUUAAAGAAGCCCUCACGGCCGUGAAGGAGAUGGACGAUGGGCUCAAGAAGGAUUUGCACGGGGUGAGGACGGAGAUAAAAGGAGCGAUUGAAAAUCUAGGUAGAACGUUGGAUACUAAUGUGAAGAGUGAUUUGGGAGUGUUGGAAACCGGAAUUAGGAGUGCGUUGACGCAGCAUGUUAAGAAUGUGCUGCAAAAAAUUCAGGGGGAGGUUAAUGACAUUAAGAAUAAUGGAAAGGGUCUCGAUCAAUUCGUGACUCACGUGACGGGUACGUACGCUAAGCAGUAUGCAAACGGAAGCUUUGAAAAUGUGGUCAAGGAUUGGAUAAAAGAGAUUCUGGAUGUGAAUAUUUCUGUUAAAGCGGCGAUUACGCAUUACGUUAGAAUGAGCAGGAUUGGUGGUGCAACGUCUAGUGGUACAAAUAUAGAUAGAAAUGAUUCAAUUGCGGAUGGGCAAAGCGAUGGGAUUGCGCAGCAAAUUAAGAAUAAGAUAAAGGAUAUUAAGCACGGCAUCCAAAUUAUUGGUGCCGAUAUUACCGGCGACACAAACAAGAUUCAUAACAAUAUUAAAGCCGUUUAUACUUGCGUCAAUGGAUUCGCUACGAGCCUUUGGGAUAAAAUCAGCAACGUGGAUGUAAAUUCUAGUAGUGAUCCGUUCGUCAAUGGCGUUUGCGAGGCGAUUGAGAAUGCCGUAUUGGAAAGCGAACAAUCCAAUUACAGAGCCUAUCUUAGACCUGCGGUUGUCCUUAUCGUAAUUGCCCUGCACGCCAAAGCGACUCAUAUUGCCAAAGCGCUUGAGAGACUCACUGGUUUGGAAGACAGUGCCAAUGACUCGCAGAUCAAAAAAGUCGAUGACGCAUUUGCGAAAGCCGGGGAGCUUUGGGGUCAGCUUAACAAUGGACGUAACGGCGGAAACGGCAUUGUCGCCACUGUAGUUUCUUCCUCCACCCAAGAUGUUAAUCUUUCCCAGUACAAUGCCGAGGCCUAUGUUAAGAAGGAAUUUGAUGAGAAGUUCAAGAAAAAUGGUGGUUCAACUCCACAACAUUACGAAAUCGGCCAACAUCUCAUGUCCCAAUUCCACUCUACCUACACGAAGCUCCUUAACGGCCAGAUAGCAAGCGCACCCAGUACUGGCGGUGGUGUUUCAAGUGGUGAUGAUAAUGUGCUCGACGCGCAGCUGCCGAACGGCAGUGAUAAUACUCAUGUCAAGCUUAAGGACGCCACAAGUUUCAGCCGUUACAACACGCACGUCUCCCAAGACGAAGAGGCACUGAAAGCCCUUGCGUCCGGUAACCUAGAGAAUAUAAAAGGCGCCCUUCCAGACAAGAUCAAGGGGAUUAAGGAGCAGGUGGAGAAUGCUGUAAAAGAUAUUGAAGAGCGAAAAAAAGAGGCUGAUGGAAAAGUCGACGAAGUUAGGAAAACACUUACUGCUCUGUACGAUGCCGUCAAAGAAGUUGGCGGAAAUCUCAAAAGCAAUUUAACAACUUUGACAGAUACAAAUAUUCGGAAAAAUCUGGAUGGCAUCAAAAAGCAACUUGAGAAUCUGAAGGAGUUGGAAUUGAAAACUGUCAUCCAGGACGUCGAGAGGUUCAUGAAAAGUCUCGACUCAUCCCUGGAACCUACAAUCCAGCUGCUAGGAAACCAUGUUAGAGAUGAGGUUGCGUCAGCCGAAAAGACUCUCAUCACCCAUGCGCGGAAACAAUACGUUAACGCCGUAAAGUUCCUGCUGGAGAAAUUCGCGGACAGCGUCACCGUGGAACUAAAAACACUGCCAGAACCAAUUAAAAAAGAUUUGACAAUUGGACACAAAGGCUUCAUGCAAAUAAUAUAUGAGCCUUUUAUGACGAGAGUCAAAAGAAUUGAAGACAUCGAUCCGAAAUUAUUUACAACAGAUAGUUCUCCACUUAGCGAGGCGGCUAAAAAAUUAAAAGGCGCACAAAGUAUGCUUUUCAUCAGGAUGAAAAAUGUAUCCGACAUAGCGCCCGACUUGAGCAAAGUUAGACCCACGCAAAAGGCUCUCGAAACUUUGCUCACUAACCUAGAAAAAUCGAAGCACUUCGACGAUGCGUCUUCUAAAAAUUCAGAGUCCCUCGAAAAUGAGCUUCGCAAGCUUAAUCCCUUGAUACUUGGCGAGACAAAGAACCCUUUUAUUGUCAACGCUCUGAAGAAAGGCUUUAACGGCCUGGCAGAAGAGCUUGGCAAGACUUACAUAUCGACGUAUUCGGAGCGUGAAAUUAAUUGGAAAACUGUCGCAGACGACGAAAAAGAUAAGUACGCAAAAAUCGCCUUGACACUUACGCCCACCGUAUAUGAAGCAUUAACACAGCUCAAGGAGAAACUUGAUGACACGAACACUGGAUGGAAACUUAAUAACAUAUAUAACCAUUCGGUUCCUAAAUCCAGUUUACACGCUCUUUUUUUCCGUGACAACGGGUAUGACUCUGCCCUUCCUGUUGGUGCGGAGCACGGCGAACUGAAUCAUAAGCCAGAGUACAAAGGUAGCCGCAUUCUCACAAAUCUUAUGAAUUCUAAACAUAAUUUGUUCGUUACUAGUAAUCAAUCACUUACAGCUCUCCGUUCGAAUACCGAUGAAAUAUCCGUCGAUUUUGUCGAAGAAACCGGAAUCAUCCAUAGGCUUCGUGAUCACCUCAAUAAAUACUUCGACGUCCGUCACUUGUAUCACAUUGACAAACCCAGGUCACCGUGUAGCAUAUAUGACAUGUCCCUAUGGCUGUCUGGCCUCCCGCAUAAUCCUGUUUACGAAAAACUUAAGCAGCAGAUUAAGACUAUGUUCGAAGUGCCGGAUGAGAGUAAUCCGUCUAACAAAAUUGUUGCGCCCAUUGCAGCCUAUCCACAAUCGUUCACACAUGAGCACAUCCAUGAUGCACUUGAUAAAGUUACAUCCCACGCUUACAUGCUUCUAACUGGCGUCGUCGGGCACGGCGAUGCUGAAACGUUUUAUGCGUGUGAUUUCCCUAGCAACUCCCUCAGCCUGAAAUAUCCCAGUUCCGGCGCGGAGUGUCUUGAUAUGCUGCUUGAUAUCCUUCGACGGAUGUUCCCCGUCCUUACAUUCUUACAUACCCAGUGUAGCCUACGUGAUAAGCACGGUGGUUGGCGCGACUGCUACUACGGCAAGGAUAUCAAGUCGUCCAAAUUAUCGUGUAACCACCAUGUUACCGAUAAAGCUACGUGCCAACCUAUGUGCCAGGCAAACACCAAACCAAAUUGCCAACCUACGUCGCCACUUAUGUCUUACUUAAACGAUAGCUUACAUGGUCAUUUGCCGCAUGAUGUAACCUCUGUUGGUUGCAAAUCAUCGUGCAACACCUGCCCCAAAUCCACACCAGGAAUGCCAUGUCUCCCUCCCCUCGGCUUCAGAGCGUUCUCGAACAGUACGCAUAAAGGUAAAGACCUGUGUGGACUGCUGGCAGAAUUGGUCGGCAAGAGAGGAUUACUAACCAAACUCCACUCUUUACUUACGUGUCUUCUCAACCGCCCACCGCAGUGGUUCCCUGACAUAUUUUCGUUUUAUUGCCAACUCAUUAAGAGGUGGACUCGAAUGUCACCAUAUCGUAACUCAUCACUUUCCAUCCAAGGUGACAUUUGCAAAGCAAUCGAAGGAACCGUGUCUUGUAAAUACGAAGACGCCUGUGAAUUAAUGAAUAAUUUCCACAAUUUCUAUGAAUCACCAUCUCACUUUACGCAUGAGACAAGUAGCGGUUCUGAUUUAAGUUACCUUCUCGGUUGUGGACAGGAGGGUUGCGGUUACAUCAUGCGACCACUCAACGUCUCUGCAUACUCUGUGUUUGCUCCUAAGUUCGCCAGCAGUUAUCUGUCGUGUCUGCUUUACGCCUGUUCAAAUAUAUUCACAUUCCUGGAGCAGCUGAAAAAUGCUUUCUGCGACAUUUCCUGCUACGAAUACGGUUGCUCACCGUGCCUUAAUGGCAGUUGUCAAAAAGGCAAGCAUGGCACAAAGGCGUGUGGAUGCAGAUCCAUGGUCCAGUGUAUGGCAUAG